AUGGGCGCCGCCGAGCAGCAGCAGCAACCGCCCAGAGUCCUCAUCCUCGAUGGAGGCCUCGGCACCUCACUCGAGGACAAGUACAACAUCAAGUUCGAGUCCGCCACCACGCCUUUAUGGUCUACUCAUCUUCUCGUCGACGGCCAGGAUACCCUGCUGGCUUGUCAAAAGGACUUUGGUGAUGUGCCCGUCGACAUUAUUCUAACUGCCACAUACCAGCUCUCCAUCCACGGCUUCGCCAGCACCCGCACUGCCAAGUAUCCUCAAGGUAUCGACCGAGCCACUAUUGGCAACUUUAUCCAGGACGCCAUCCGCAUUGCCCACGAAGCUGGCCGCACCCAAGCCAGCAAGACGGCCCUCAGCGUCGGUCCCUAUGGUGCCUGCAUGAUCCCCGGACAGGAGUACAGCGGUGCCUAUGACGCCGAGCACGACUCGCUCGACAAGCUGCGCGAAUGGCAUCUUGAGCGUCUGCAGCUGUUUAAGGACGCUGGCGCCUUCGCGUCACCCGUCAGUUAUGUCGCCGUCGAGACUAUCCCUCGCGCCGACGAGAUCAAGGCUGUGAGACAGGCCCUCGACGAGAGCGGUGUUCUUGCCACUCAAGCAUCCAUUCCCUUUUGGAUCGCUUCCCUCUUCCCUCGCGAGGACGAGUGCCUGCCAGACGGAUCUUCCAUCAAAGAGGCUGUGACCGCCAUGCUCAGCCCCGAUGUCGCAACAAGCCGCCCCUGGGGUAUCGGAAUCAACUGCACCAAGGUUUGGAAGCUCGAGUCUCUGGUCAAGGGCUACGAGUCGGCCGUCCAGGGUCUUAUUGACGACGGCGCCAUCGCCGAGGCCCCGGCCCUGAUCCUCUACCCGGACGGCACCAACGGGGAGGUCUAUAACACGACGACUCAGAAAUGGGAGCUCCCCGAAGGAUCGAGCCACCCUGCCACAUCGUGGGAAACGCAACUCUCCCAGGUGGUUGCUAAUGCCCAGUCCCGGGGAUUAUGGAAACAGAUUGUGGUGGGAGGGUGCUGCAAAGCAAGCCAUUCUGAUAUUUCCCGGCUCCGGACCGCAGUGAAAGGCCUAUCUCGCUGA